GAGGGAGAGAGAGAGAGAGUAGAAACUGUUAAAACGUGUGUUCGCUCUUGCCAGUCUCAGCAUCGCUCAGUUUCUGCAGGAGGCAGCUGCUCCAUCCCUCCAGGAUCCUCACUGGCACCGAUGACCAGAUAUGAUCUACCCACUUCCCAGUCAACCCAUUUCACUCUGAUCUGGGAUCUCUCUAUUUGUUUGCAUGGAUGAUAACAGCCUGCCGCAUAUUCAUGGAUUUCUCGUACACCAACUAAUUUGACUCAAACCCAGGAUUGGUGAAAAAACAGUAAAGACAAAAAAGGGGAGACUCCAAGUGGUUUCCAGUGGUUUUUAGGGGUUUGUGGAAGCAGCACUUUAGCCUGCCUUGGACAUGGGACCGUGCGUCAGCCGAGAAGGAUCCGGUGUCGGAGGAAGAGCAUCUUCCUGAAGGAGGAAAAGCCCGUGGGAGGGAGUUUUUUUAAUUUUUGUUUUUUGCUACCGGGGAGGGGGAGCUGUGGGUUUUACGCGCCGGAAUGAUGCGUCCCAACAGCGGCUUCAUCCUGCUCCUCCUCAACGGAACCGCUUGUUUGGUGGCCCUGGGUCAAGAAGAUGACUCCUCCAGCCCCAAGAGCUCUUCAGAUGACUCCUCCAAGACAGUGGGCCUCCUGAGUGGGCAGGCUCCCCUCUCGCCCCUGAGCCGCUGGAUGCUUCAGAGUAAGAGCAGAGCUGCUAAUGCCACCUCUCUGGAGCUGCCCUACCGCUCCCCGGUCCCUUUCUCCAAGCAGGAGUUUUCUAAACAGGAGUUCUGGGAGAUGUUGGGCAGCGACCUGCUCAAGCCUGACGCCUCCAGCUCCCGGGUCAAACGCCGGCCCAUUGUUAAGACCGGCAAGUUCAAGAAGAUGUUUGGCUGGGGAGACUUCUAUUCCAAUAUCAAGACGGUGAGGCUUAACCUCCUGAUCACCGGCAAGAUUGUGGAUCACGGUAACGGCACGUUCAGCGUCUACUUCCGCCACAACUCCACAGGCCAGGGCAACAUCUCAGUCAGCCUGGUGCCACCUGUCAAGGCGGUGGAGUUUGACCUAGAGCGCCAGAGCGUGGUCUACCCCAAGGACUCCAAGAUCUUCAACUGCCGCGUGGACUAUGAGAAGGUGGAUCGCAGCAAGCGCACCUCGCUGUGCAACUACGACCCGUCCAAGACCUGCUUCCAGGAGCAGAUUCAGAGUCACGUGUCUUGGAUUUGCUCCAAGCCUUUCAAGGUCAUCUGUAUCUACAUAUCCUUCUACAGUACGGACUACCGCCUGGUGCAGAAGGUUUGCCCGGACUACAACUACCAUAACGAGAUGCCCUACCUGCCCUCAGGCUAGAGGACUUGUAGGGAGGAGGAGAGGUGGGAGGGGAGUGGAUAAAGGGGGGUGAGUAGGCGUUACUGCAACACAUGAGGAGGAAACCAGGGCUGUGAAUCGUCCUUAAUGCCACCGUGGCAGCGAGACACCUUAAAAAAACCCCUCUCUGUAGCCUGACUAUUGCAAGAUGUAAAAACGUAUAUGCAAAACAAAAACCACAGUAUGCAGAUAAUGAGGCAUUGGGAAUGCUUAACUGCAGCAUUCAUUAACUGGACUGGUAGUGAAAAUGAAAUACCGCCAACACGCACAUUCUUACCUCAAUCCAGUUUCUAAAUGCCAACUUCUCGCCAGCUAUUUCUCUCUUCCAUUAAUUCAUUUGUGAAUGUUGUCUGAAUGUCCUUUUAAUCACCCUUUACAAUAUUGCUCUCGCAAGGCAGUAUUUUCUGUGAAAGUGCGCAUUUACAUGCUGUGAUACGAUUCACUGGAGAGUUGUAUAAAAAUUAAGACUUUAUUACAAACAUCUUACAGCGUAAAGGAAACGAUCAUGAAAUCAGACUUACCAGAGGGAAAGCAAAACAUCGUUUUUCUCACAAAGAACAGAUGAAUGUAAGGUGUAACAAACCACGGGAUCAUUCAGGUUACACUCUAGGUCUUUUUAAAGGGCAUCUUUUUUAUGUGAACUCAAGUCAAUCCUGGAACAACAUCAAAAAGCUCCUGUUUUUACUCUGUUUCCCAUACCCUGCCCACAUCAUCACAUCCAAGUGUCUCACCAUGGCACUGUCACUGUGUUUACCUGCAAAAUCUAAUUAAUAUAUAUCCUUCAGUAAUGUCACAUCCAUUUCAAUGAAAGAGAAAAAAAAAUCUGCAAGAUAAAGCAGUUGCUCAACAAAGAUUCAAGACCAAGGCUUAAGACAAGUUCAAUGCAAGGGAAAUAACUAGAUUCUGCAUAGAGACAGGAUUGGCCCCUCCACACUUAAGAGAGAGAGAGAGAGAGGUGGGGGAGUGAGAGAGGGAGAGAUUCAGUGAGCUCUUUUAAUUAAAGUGGAGAAGGAGAUGUAGAGUAUGCAGCUCUGUCUAUUGUCCCCUCUGUAUGAAAAAGAUUACAUUUUGUUGCCGUCAGGAUUCCUGAUUUCACGCCUUGAUAACUUUGACUGUGUGAGGGAGAUUGCUCUCUCCCGACAAAUACUGUGUUCACUAAAGUCGGCCCGUUAUCUUGAAUAAAUGAAAAUAUUAUCAUAAUAAUUACAUAUAAUUUAAUCUCCUUUAGAACUAAUUAAGGUUUCAACGAGAGGGCGAAAUGUAUUCCUAAAAAUCAAGUCAGCGGGUAGGAGGAUAAGAGGACGUUCACAGGGAUUGUUGUGUUUUUGCGUGGAGCCGGCAGCCAAAGCUCAGCCCAGAGUUAACUGCUCUCAUUAAGAUAAAUGGCCACUGGCUGGCCCAUCUCAUGUUGCUCUCACAAACAAUAUCAGAGGAGAGCAGUGCACAGUGGAGCUAUGAAUUAGGUAACUUGACAUUUUGUGUGCUGAGAGGUUACUGCUAUCCUGCUCAUAAGGACACAGUGACUUCUCGGUUCAUUAACAAUGAACAGUCACGAGACAGGUGCGAAGGGUCAUUAAAGAGUGAGAUCAGAUAACCUGGUUUGAUGCUAAUACACUGCGAUAUUAGGGAUACAGCCGAGAUCUGUGCGCGCUUGGCUGGAAAUGUGCAGUGAUGUCCAAGGUGGACCCGUGCAGCGGUGAGUGGUCAUCAUGAAGCCAUCUUCCUGUGGGGGGUAGCAUAAGGCCAGACAUAAAUGCAUCGCCUUGGCUGUUCUGUGUGAGCUUGGAGAGCAGGAGUAGGAGGGGAAAACACAGUCACAGGGCUAAAGAUAGUAACAAAGACCUGUAAAUCUGCACAUCAAAGCUCUGAGUUUUUAAUUUACUCUUAAAGAGGGGGGUAGCUCCUCUCCAUGUGCAAUCUAAUCAACUUGUGGCUGACAGCAAAUGGCAGCAGUGCACAAGCAAGUCCGCAGGGGACAGACAGCUACACCUCCCGCAGCCAUCAAUAAAGGCUGUUCAUCUGGCUGCGUCAAACUUCUGUCUCCUCUUGCAUCUGAUUGUUUUAUCGCAGCAGAUAUUUCAUGUAUGCACCAGCUUGUCUGCUUCACUUGUUGAAAACACACGGAUCUAUCUGGCUUGUAUCUUACUAUAAGUGUCUCACUAUCAAGAAUCCUCACAAGGAGGAUUUUCUUUAAGAGGCUGCCAUCAAUCAGACUAUGAGAGAGAAUAUAGAGAGAGAUUCUGAUUUCUGCCACAUCACAGUAACAGUUCAUGUAGUAUUUAUUUGAAAGUAUACAGUCCCAGUGGAACAUACAAUAUAGAUGUUGGUUUGGCAGCAACUCAAACUAAACGCCUGACACUUGUCUGAAGGUCCUUUUCCUGUACUGCUGGAUGAAAUACAAAGCUUCAUGUGUGUAAAAUGCAUCAACCAGCAUGAAUUAACCACUGCCUCUCGCUCUGUUCAUCCAUUUCUUCAUCCUCCAGCUCUCUCUGCCCCUUUCUGCCCCCGAUGUCUGCAUGUUACUCAGCCAUACGCCCCGCUGUCUUCACGCUGUUGUCCUCUUCCUGUGUGUGACCCGGCUGACUGGCCUCAGCCUCCAUACCCUCUCUACCUCCCUUACCCUGGCGUUGAACCCUGCAGUGGGUAGUUCCUCAUUGCUGCCCUGCCCGCCCUCCUGCACACAGCGCUGAGCUGAGCUGGCUAAUCUCUGUGAGCUUAACGCCGAGCCAACUGAACAUCAGCAGUGAGAACUCCCCUCUCUCCGUCUCUAUCUAUCUAUUUCUCUCUAUAUCUAUAUCCCAUCAAACAAAUGCGUGCGCAGACACAGUCUUAAGAUGUGCUGGUUUAGGUAUUUUCCUCUCUCCUGUUCAAAGCAUCUUACAUAAGCCCUUGGAUUGUGAGGACAUGAAAUCUCCUCGAGAGCAUGCCAACAGAGUGCCCGACACAGAUACGCCCCAGUAACCUCAAUACUCCUCUCCCCCUCCUGCAGGGCGUCCAGAGAGAAGUUGGAUACUCACACAUGUUGGAAUCAAAGCUGGGCAACAUGAGCCCACAGCAUCGAACUCAUGUAGAAAAAAAACAAGGACACAUGUUGGGCUACCUGUGGAGAAGAAGCUCUGCUCCUUACCAAUUCUCUCAGAUUUACAGCAAUACUCUCACUGAGACUCCACCCUCUCCGCCUCUCCGGUGCGAGUUAAAGAAAGGCUGCUGGACUACGUUUAAGAGACA